UACGGUGUGAGCGCGCCCCCUGGUGGUGGAAGAUGCUUGCUGCCUUUCCACAGCGGAUCAGUUCUGGACCUUGAGGAACCGCAUUGUGCAGCAGGCAUCAGAGCAGAAGCGCGUGCUCGUGCUUCUGACGAUGAUCUGAUCCGAGGUCAACGAUAAUGUCUGUGGUGUGCACGGUGGAGAGCGCGCCCACAUGCACCGGAACCCCCGAACCGAGCCUGCUGCAGCGGAUCAGGAGGCUUCUAAACAGGGACCUGCUGGUGACGCUGGCCUUGGGACAGAUCGUGUCUCUCUUAAUCUGUGCCAUCGGUCUGACCAGCAAAUAUCUCACUGAUGAAUUCCACGCCAACACGCCGCUGUUCCAGAGCUUCCUAAACUACAUUCUGCUGUUCCUGGUAUACACCACUACACUGGCUGUCAGACAAGGCGAAGAAAACCUGUUAGCCAUCUUAAAGCAGCGAUGGUGGAAAUACAUGAUUCUUGGUUUGAUUGACAUUGAGGCUAAUUAUCUUGUCCUGAGAGCAUACCAGUACACCACCGUUUCCAGCGUACAGCUGUUGGAUUGUUUCAUCGUACCAGUGGUCCUGCUGCUGUCCUGGUUCUUUCUGUUGGUGAGGUACAAGGCUGUGCACUUUGUUGGAACUGGACUUUGCUUGCUGGGUACUGGCUGCAUGGUGGGGGCUGACACCCUCCUUGGCCGCCAACAGGGUCUUGGAGAGCAGAAGAUGUUUGGUGAUUUGCUGGUUCUGGCUGGAGCAACACUGUAUGGGAUCUCUAAUGUCUGUGAGGAGUAUAUCGUUAAGAACCUGAGCCGUGUGGAGUUCCUUGGCAUGAUGGGGCUUUUUGGAUCCUUCUUCAGCGGCAUCCAGCUGGCCAUUGUGGAACACAAGGAGUUGCUGAAGGUGCCAUGGGACUGGCAGAUCGGACUUCUGUAUGUCGGCUUCAGUGCCUUCAUGUUCGCUCUGUACAGCUUCAUGCCGGUGGUGCUGAAGAGGACGGACGCCGUUGCCGUCAACCUGUCGGUGCUGACGGCUGACCUCUACAACCUCUUCUGUGGCCUCUUCCUCUUUCACUACAAGUUCUCGGCUCUUUAUCUUCUUUCGUUCCUCAUCAUUAUCUUGGGCCUGGUUCUUUACUCUUCCUCAUCAACCUAUGUGGCCCAAGACCCCCGAGUUUACAAGCAGUUCAGGAGCACAGGCAGCCUGCCAGCCCCUGACCCACCCGGACUCAGCCCACUGGAGCCUUCUGUCACCUACACCAGUGUGAACCAGGAGCAGGGGGAGGAGCCUCCUCUUCAUGUUGCCUGAGAGGAUCAGCUUGUU